GCUGGCAUGACCGAACUCUGCUUCCUAAGACUCUGUAGGUAUAUAAUCAGGUAAAGAACCAUGCUAUUAAUCAGAGCAACACCAAUUGUAAGACACCUCGCCAAAUCUACCUGCUUUAGAACAGUAUACCCUUUCAGAACCUUUAUACCUUCGAUUAUCGCAAACAUGCCGCCAAAGGACAAGUACACCGAUCCCAAGCUUCGCGAUGAAGUCAAGGAGGAGAUUCACAACAGCGACAAAGGCGGUGCACCAGGCCAAUGGUCAGCCCGUAAAGCCCAAAUGAUGGCCGCCGAGUACAAGAAGCGUGGUGGAGGUUACACAACCGACAAAAAGGACCAGGACGACUCCCAAGAACACCUCUCAAAAUGGGGAGAAGAAGACUGGCAAACUAAAGACGGCUCAGGAAGCGCAAAGAAAGAAGACGGAACCCAACAACGCUACCUCCCCAAAAAGGCCUGGGAAAACAUGAGCGAAGAAGAGAAAAAGGAUACCGACAAUAAAAAGCAAGCAGAAAGCAAGCAAGGAAAGCAACACGUCGAAAAUACCGACAAGGCAAAGGAAAGCAGAAAGCAAGCUAAUGAAGAAGAAGAUGAGGAGUUUGAAAAGAAGAAGAAUAAGCAAGAGGAGAAGAAGGACGACAAGGAAGAAGAGGCACAAGCUGGUGAUAAGCGUACUCGUUCUUCAAAGUCUGCUUCGCCUGCGAAGAAGCAGAAGCAGAAUGACGGUGUUGCAAAGGAGACUUCUUCACCUUCAAAGUCAGAGUCCAAGUCCAACGGCAGCAAGAAAGACUCGAAGGAUGACAAGGAUAACUCCAAGUCCAAGUCCACCUCCAACGACAAGAAAGACAACUCCUCCUCCUCCUCCGACUCCCCCCACGGCACCCCAGCCUCCUCCACCCGCCUCCCAAAAAAGGAUCAACAAGUCCAAUGGAAAACCCUUGGCAACUGGACAAAAGGCACCGUCCUCGAAGUCGCCCACGAAGAAAAAGAAGUCGACGGCAAAAAAGUAAAAGCAACCAAAGAAGAUCCAAGAAUCGUGCUCAAGAGUGAUUCUUCCGGGAAAGUUGCUGUGCAUAAACCUGAUGCUGUUUUCUUUUGAUUUGGUGACAAGGGCUGAGGAGAGGAGGAGGAGGAGG